AUGUUGUUAAUCUGGGUUAAACGAGUUUAUUUUCCUCUCCGUUACGUUUCUUACCUUUUCUUUCUCUCCUUCCUUCAGUUUUCAUUUUCUUUCUUUCUUUCUUUCUUUCUUUCUUUCUUUCUUUCUUUUUUAUUUUUUUCUUUCUUUCUUUCUUUCUUUCUUUUCUAUAACACAGUUUUUCUUCUCUAUUUUUCCGCAUCGUGUUUCAUAGAUUUCCAUCAACUUCCAUUCUCCGCACCCACCACUAUCUUCUUCCGCUUCGUCACUUCCGCUUUCUUGGUCACUUUUUUUACUGUCUUCCUCCUUCACCGCCCCCCCUCGUCUCUACCCAAUUCUACCCAUCUUCAUCUCCUUUCCUCUUCAUUACUGGCUUUUUUUUUCAUUACCUCCCCGACCCUAUUUGCCAUGAGACUCUUCCUCUCCCUGUCUCUUUUUUCAAUCAUCUUACUCACGAAAUCCUCAUUCUACAUUAUACUCAUCCGACGAGUCACGUUCGCCUUCUUCAUCACCACCUUCCUCCUUACACUCUCCCCAAAUCCUUAUAAUCUUCUUCUUCUUCUUCUUCUUCUUCUUCUUCUUCUUCUCCUUCUUCUUCUCCCUCCUUCUCCUCAUCCUCCUUCUUCUUCUUCACUUUUUUCUUCUUCGGCUUCUUCUUCUCAAAAUACAAUUUACCGAUUCUUCUUUUUUCUCCUCCUCCUCCUUCCCCUCUUCCUCCUCCUCCUCCUUCUUCUUCUUCUUCUUCAAUUCUGCUGCUGCUGCUCCUCCUAUAAAUCCUUGAAAGAGAUGAAUCCUCCUCCCCCUUUUUUUUUUUGUUGUUGUUGUUGUUCAAAUGUUUCUUCUUCUUCUUCUUCAGACUUCUUCUUCUUCUAUAUUAUUUUCUCCCCUCCUCCUCCUAUUCUCAUAUUUCUCCUCCCCUAUUAUUUCUCCUCCUCCUCCUUCUCCCCUCCGCCUCCUCCUCCUCCUUCUCCUUCUCCUUCUUCUUCUUCUUCUUCUACAUCCUUUCUCUCGUUGGACAUCAUCCUCUUCCUAAUCGCCACUUCCGCCUUCUCCAUUAGCGUCGGCCGCUUUCGUCUCUCCUCAAUUCCUCAUAACUUAAUCCUUCUGUUUGUUGUUGUUCUUUUGGCUGUUGUUGUUGUUGUUGUCCUCCUCCUCCUCCUACUCAUUCUUCUUCUUAUUCUUUAA